AUGGAGAUGAAACACGUAGCCUUACCGGUCAUGACGCCGUAGCACUCCGCACGGGGAUUGAAUACUGGCGACGAUGGACGGGAAAUGGCCGGGCGCCCCCAAUGCGGCCCCGCCAAUCACAUCAUUUCAGCGGCAUCUCAUAUGGAUAGCAAGGUGAACUCACUCUGCACUUUGCACACCUGAGAGAGGCUGUGACAAGUGUACAGAGUUAUGGCGUUACUCCUGGAGCCUUGUCAGCAAAGACUGGUCACAGACGCCGUGGGAUGGAAGACAGUCAAGCGGGCGGUGUUGGCUGUAGCAGUGACUACUCCCCAAAGACGAAGAUUUGGAGUUACCUCGGGUCUGCUGCGAGAACGACUCCGCGUACCUCCCGUAAGAGAAGAGCAAGCAGCAGACAGCAGGAACGCUUCCAAAGUGUUUGAAAGUGCAGAUGCAGCAGUCGCAGAUCUGAAAGAAGGCACAACCAUUCUUAGUGCUGGGUUUGGUCUUUCUGGAGUUGCAGAGACCUUGAUCGAUGCAAUCCGCAAGAAGGGCACUCGGAACCUAACAGUGGUGUCCAACAACGCGGGUGCCGGAGAAUAUGGUCUCGCCAAGCUCACCUCCACAGGCCAAAUCUCUCGCAUGAUCGUGUCAUUCAUCGGAAACAACAAGUCUCUAGGCAAACAGUACCAUGACGGUCAGGUCGCCAUCGAGCUAUGUCCUCAGGGCACCAUCGCCGAACGCCUAAGGGCAGCCGGGGCGGGAGUUCCAGCCUUCUACACGGCGACCGGAAGCCGCACGUUGAUCGAGACCGGCGGGAUCCCCCAUCGUCUCGGGCCCAAGGAUGAACAAACCGGCAAGUAUGCCGUUGCUGAGCCAGGUAGACCCAGAGAGACGCGCAUAUUCGACGGACGCUCGUACAUGAUGGAGACGGCACUGAAAGGCGACCUGGCCAUCGUGCGGGCAUGGAAGGUCGACGAGGCUGGCAAUUGCAUCUUCCGCUCCACCACCAAGACGUACGGUGUAUUGAUGCCGAAAGCCGCGAAACUGGCCAUCGUCGAGGCGGAGAAUAUCGUACCCAUCGGCGCCUUGGAUCCAGAUCACAUCGACUUACCAGGCAUUUACAUCGACCGCAUCUGUCCCGCAACGUCGGACAAGCAUAUUGAGAAGCUUGUUCUGGCGCCCACACAGGACGCUACUGAAGCAAAGAGUGAGGAAGCCGUCAAGCGCAAUCGCAUCGCAAAACGUGCUGCAGAAGAGUUCAAGGACGGAUUCUACGUCAAUCUCGGCGUAGGCAUUCCGACGCUUGCACCUUCGUUCCUGCCUGCGUCCACGAAAGUCUGGCUGCAAUCGGAGAACGGCAUCAUCGGCAUGGGUCCUUACCCGAAGACCCGUGAGGAGGCAGACCCCGACACGAUCAACGCAGGUAAAGAAUCUGUUACGCUCAUUCCUGGCGCGUCGACGUUUGAUUCGGCCGAGUCCUUUGGCAUGAUCCGUGGUGGGCACGUCGACGUGUCUCUUUUAGGGGCCCUGCAGGUCUCGGCAUCCGGUGAUUUGGCGAACUACAUAAUUCCUGGCAAGGCGUUUAAUGGUAUGGGAGGUGCGAUGGACCUAGUCAGUAAUCCUGACAAGACCAAGAUCAUUGUUUGCACGUACCACAGCGAUAAGGAUGGUCGGAGCAAAGUUGUCGAUGUGUGCGAUCUGCCGCUCACUGGAAAGGGUGUCGUGAGCACCAUUAUCACCGAGUUGGCCGUCUUCCAAGUUGAUAGAAUCGGUGGGACAGGCCUAGUACUCACUGAGACAGCAGAGGGUGUCAGCGUGGAUGAGGUCAGAGAAAGGACAAGCGCGAAGUUCACUGUGGCUGAAAAUGUCGGUAUUAUGGAUUAAGUAGAUCGCUGCAUGUAAGCUCAUCAACGAUGGGCACGGCCAAUCCGCACUGCUUGGUGCUGUAUUGCCAGAUCGAGAACCUGAGUGGCUUCGAACGUCGAUGAACAAUCUUGCCAUGUCUGAAUCGUGCGGCCCGCCCCUCAAAGUGCAUCGAUUCUGCCCAACAGCCACUGCAAGUGGCGGUAAGAGCUUCGCGGCUGGAAUUGAGGCUGCAUGUGCCCGCUGAGAUAUGUCUCCGCCC